AUGAUCAAGGCUGACGGGGGCUGGAAGGCGUUUUGGCGUGGCAAUACAAUCAACUGCUUCAAGGCAGGGCCCGAGUUUGCCAUUGUCUUCUCGAUUCGCCGCUACCUCUCCUCGUUGUAUGAAGACUGCGUAGUGCGAGAAACACAACGCAAGAAGAUCUUGGUGGCGCGGUGGAAAGCAAAGGAGGAGCACAGUGCCGGCAUCAGCCGUCGUGGACAUGGGGACUGUGAGUCAAUGAUGACGGAGCAUGAGGAGAGCAGAAGUCGUACUGGAGGGGUGGGACCUCAGAGUAGCAUCGAUGGUGUUGGUAGCGGCUGUUGCGCCGGUCUGAUGUCAUUUGUUUCAUCGCCAUCCCCAGCAGCUUCGGUCGCUCAGCUGCUGACGAGAGAUGAGUUGAAGCUGCAGGAGCGGAUGAUCUUGCAGGAGGCGUCCAUCUUCACCCCUCCCUUUAACCGACUGGGAUGCCUUUCAACUGUGCCCCAGCUAGUGGUGAACUGCACGAUCGGUGCCGUCGCCGGCCUUGGUGCCCAAGGCAUUUUAUACCCACUGGAGGUGGUCAAGACGCGCGUUGUGGUCUCGCGAAGCAACGAGUAUCAAGGCGGUGUGGCCGAGAUCGUGCGGCUUGCAUACAACAGGGGUGGUGUAAUGGAGUUUUACCGUGGGUUUGCGCCGAACAUGGUCGGCAUUAUUGUCUACCGAGGACUGGAAAUGGGCCUCUACUCUAGCGCGCAGCAGUCAAUCAUGAUGUAUCGCAUGCAGGUUAGGAAGAUGAGUCGACACGAAGCUAGCUUAAACUCAGCCGAGAUCGGCGUUUUAGGCAUGUUUUCUUCCACAGUUGCGCAGACAGUGUCAUACCCGUUGAAUGUUAUUCGGACACGGUUGCAGACGCAGGGAACCAACGGACGGGCGAACAAGUACAGUGGGAUGAUGGACUGUAUGGUGAAGAUGGUUCGCAACAAAGGUGUGACAUCACUCUUUAGCGGACUUACGGCGAACUACCUCAAAGCGGUGCCAGCAAGCGCCUGCACGUUUGUUGUCUUUGAAUGGGCUCAGGGACUGCUUGUAGAGGAUGAGUAG